AUGCAUCCUCUUACACGCCGUGCCUGUCAUCUCUAUCGCACCAAUGCUUGCAUAUCGAGGCGCAGUAUCAGGCCCAACUCUCACGCGUCAUCUGGGUUCAUCACACAGGGUCUUCGCUGCCAUGCCACCGUAGUAUCUCAUACCGUGCCAUCGCUUACGUUGCCCUGCCUGGAAGCUCCUCAUCUGAGCCACGCUGAGAACCUCGAUCAUGUUGGUCGUAUUUCCGAACAACUGGAGCGAAGCGGCAUGCUCAAAGUCAGUUUGGGGUUCCCAGAUGAAGACAGCGACUAUCUCAAACGGCUGCUAGUCAGUCUUCAUCGCCACCGCGGCCAUCAACUCCCCAUCUCUCACAGCGCCACCCGUGGCUGGUUCUGGGACGUACGCCCUAGCGAGACCAACUUCCAAGCAAAGAAUCACCAAGCAAGAUCGGAAACCAUGAACGAAUUCCCCUGGCACACAGAUUGCAGCUACGAGGACCCACCCCCAAGGUUCUUCGCGCUGCAGGUCCUUCAACACGAUCGAUAUGGAGGGGGUACUCUUUCAGUCAUGAACGUCGACAAACUGAGCGAGCUUCUCUCCCCGGAGGCUCGAUCAGCCCUACUGGCUCAAGAGUACCGCAUCACCAUCCCACCCGAGUUCAUCAAGGACCCUGAGCAGAAGGACAUCAUCGGCAGCGUGUUUGUCACAAGUCCGAACGACCAGUCAACAAUGAUUCGGUUCAGAGAGGAUAUCCUAACGCCCUUGACAGACCGGGCGUCUCGAGCACUGGUCGAGCUCAAAGAGGCUCUGCUGAAGGAGGAGGUCCAGGCACACUCGACAGUGCAUCUCAAAUCUUCAGAUCUACCAAAAGGAUCCAUUAUUCUGAUGGAUAAUCGCCGCUGGCUGCACGCACGGAAUGAUAUCAAGGAUCCAGAACGCCACCUACGUCGGGUGCGGUGGGAUGCUUGUCCCUUUGAGACUGUCUCAGUUUAA